AUGAUGGAAACUAUAGCCAACAUGAGUUCCAUGUCCCAUUUUCUACUGCUGGAGUUCUCUGAGAUCCGAGAGCUGCAGCUCUUGCACUUUUUUGUAUUCCUGGCAUUGUACUUGGCAACUGUGACUGGAAAUCUUCUCAUCAUAUCUGCAAUAGUCUCUGACAAUCACCUCCACACUCCCAUGUACUUCUUCCUGAUGAACCUAGCAAUGCUGGACCUUGGUUCAAUUUCUGUAGCUAUACCUAAAUCCAUAGUUAAUUCCUUCUUUAAUACCAGAUUGAUUUCUCAUUCUGGAUGUGUUGCCCAGGUUUUCUUCCUACUCUUUUUUGUAGCAUCAGAUUUUGCCCUCCUCACAGUGAUGGCACAUGAUCGCUAUGUUGCCAUUUGCAACCCGCUGCGGUAUGAGACAAUAAUGAACAAAGUAGCCUGUAUGAAAAUGGUUGCAAGUGCGUGGAUAAGCGGCCUUGUCUAUGGAAUAGUACACACAAGUAGCACCUUUGCAAACUCCUUCUGCUCUAAUGUGGUUGAUCAGUUCUUCUGUGAAAUCCCACAGUUGCUCAAGCUCUCCUGCACUGAUUUAUACCUAGUUGAAGUUGGUGUUCUUGUGCUGAGUGUUAGCAUAGUGCUCGGUUGCUUCAUUUUCAUCAUUGUAACGUAUGUGCAAAUCUUCACUACAGUGCUGAGAAUUCCCUCGGUGCAGGGAAGGCAAAAGGCCUUCUCCACGUGCCUUCCCCACCUUAUUGUGGUCUCCAUGUUUGUAUUCACUGGAAUUUUUGCCUACCUCAGGCUUCCCACUAAUUCACAAUCUGAUCUGGAUUUGGCGUUUGCAGUUAUAUAUUCUGUGGUUCCACCCCUGAUGAAUCCACUGAUCUACAGCUUGAGGAACAAAGAUAUCAAGGUUGCCCUGUGGAAAAUGCUGAAUCUGAAGGGCUCAUCUAAGAAUCCCUUUUCUGAAUUUCAUUCCUAA